AUGGACCUCGAAGAAAGAGAUAACAAAGAGGAUGCGAGUGGGAGUACCAUAGACCCAAGUGUUGAACAGAUAAAUGCAGAUUGUGAACAGCGUAAGAAAAGAGUACGAGAUGAAAAUGAGAGUUCCAUACCCGACUGCUGGACAGUUGAACAGGCAUCUCAGUUUAAAGAUAAAUAUGCCUGGCUAAAAAUAUCCAAAGGAAAAAUUGGGUGUGAUAUUUGUGCUAGAGUUCAGACACUAGGAUCUGGGGCUGAAACAUUACGUGGAUGUAGUAAAACAUUAUCCGUAGAAUGGGCAACAAGCAAUGUAGGUCCAUAUGGUGACACAAAAUCAAAGGAGCAAUUAUCGCUGCGUAAAAGAAUUCAUGACCACCGUUAUUCAAAAGCACAUGAGGCAGCAGUUAAGAUGUUACAGGAAAAAAACAAUAAUGUUUUACCACAGUUAGUUGCCCAACAAUACAACGAACAUAUUCAAACAACUGUAAGAGUUUUCAGAACCGCUUACCAUGUUGCUAAAAAUAACCGUCCAUUCACAGAUCAUCCACAGUUAAUUGACCUACAGGAAGCCAAUGGAUGUGAUCUAGGAAAAAUAUUGCAGAGCAACGUUGUAUGCACAGAUAUAGUUACUCAUAUUUCAUCAGAAAUGAGAAAGCGACUCAUUCAGAAUAUAGUAACCUUAAAACCAAAAGUCAGCAUUCAAGUUGAUGAAAGCACAAGUGUCUCUAAAAAAACCACACUGAUCUUAUAUGUGCGAGCAAUUAUGGUGGCAAUGGCAGGUGGAAGUUCUGAAGAUUGCCAACCCACAACUUUUUUUCUUGAUUUAGUUGAGCUUGAAAGUACAACAGCCCAGGGCAUUUAUGAUUCCAUACUAUCCACUCUGAGCAAACAUGGCUUAUCAAAAAGUCUUUUGUCAGAAAUUCUAAUUGGUUUUGGAAGUGACGGAGCAGCAGUAAUGCUUGGUUCUAAGUCUGGAGUUGCCACAAUUCUACGUAAGGAGUUUCCAAACCUCAUCAGUUGGCACUGCCUAAACCACCGCCUAGAGCUAGCUGUUUCAGAUACAGUGAAGGAUCUCACAGAAAUAUUUCACUUUCAGUCUUUUGUAGAUAGUCUGUAUACACUAUACAGCCGUUGUCCAAAGAAUUUGAGAGAGUUACAGAAGUGUUCAGCAGAACUCCAUGACAUUGUUUUAAGUAUAGGUCGUGUACUUGAUACCAGAUGGGUUGCCUCAAGUUUCAGAACAGUAUAUGCUAUAUGGCGUUCAUAUCCUGUGUUGUUCAAGAAUUUUCAAGAACAGGUGCAAUGCAAAGGUAAAGAAAGCACAAAGUUUUACUCAUUGAGUAGGCAAUUGCAAAGUGAGGAGUUCCUUAUGAAUUUAGCCUUAAUGUGUGAUGCUCUGUCAGAACUUCGUGACCUUUCAUUAGCUAUACAAGACCGAAAUAUACACUUAGUAAAAGCUCAAAGGCUAUUAGUGAGGCAGGUUCAUGUUUUUGAGUCACGCAUUGACAAUGUAACAGGAAUGUUCUCAAAUGAGGCUUCUGAAUCUAUCUCGACAGGACAUUUCAAAGGAGUAGAACUUAUUAAAAAUUUGAAAGUAAAAACCAUCAGACGUGGACAGUUUUAUGCUAGCCUAAAAUCUAAUAUAGAAAAUCGCUGUCUGUCAUCAGAAGACAAAAAGUUUUACGAAGUUGUUAAAGUUACUUACAAAGACUUCUGGCCUGAUGUCUUGCCAAUGGAGUUUGGUGAAAAAGAGUUGAAAACCUUAUGUGACCGUUUCCAAAUUAAUUUUGGAAAAACAAAGAUGGCUUUCUGA